AAUCCGCGUCCCCUUCCCCUGCGCUCUCGACCGGGGAGGUCCGUGGCUGCAGAAGAACCACCACCAACCCCCGCACCUCCCCUCCUGAAUCCAGCGCCCCUCCGUCUCCGCCUGGCACCGGGCCCACACCACCACCACCACCACCACCACCCCCCACCCCCACCCCGGAGGCGCCGCUUCCCCCGCACGGCAGGGACGCACAUGACGCGGACUCCGCCGGUGGUCGGUGGGUGCGCUCCGGUGGUCGGUGCGACAUCUCCGCGCUGAAGUAGCAUCGCUGGGCUAACACUAGCCGACAACAUCGAUCUCCUCUCUUGCCACUCCACCUCCCCCCCUCUCUCCAUCUCCAUCCCUCUCUCGAUAGCUAACCCCGGAGACCACCGAGGGCAUGCCCCCUCCCCGGCCGUCCAUCAUCUAGCGCAGCCCGGUUCUUCUCUCGGAAUUUGGGGCCCGCACACACACACACACACACACACGCACAGAGAGGAUCACCCCCCACCCACCCCCAGGAGUUUUUUAAAAAACCAACAACCCCGCUUAUUCCAGCCUCUCCGUGGCCCUUUUGAGGCAGGGGAGGGGGUUCCGUUUCUUUUUCUACCUCAGCACACGCCCCGAUGCCUCCCCGUCCCCGUGCGCUACAUCUCAGCUGCUCUAAUCGGGACCCCUCGGAGCACCAGCGACCCCGACUCCUCCGCCUCUUACAGUCCCACCGAGGAACGCUGCUCGGCGGGCACUGACUGCACCGAGCCCACCGGCCCUCAUCCCGGUUCCUCUGCAACAUAGCUAGCUGGCUUUAGCUCCACUUCACACCCACACAUCCAUCCUCUCCAGCUGGUACCGUCAUCCAAACCACCACCACCAUCAUCAUAAUCAUCACCACCACCAUCAUCCAGCAGCCUCCCCCCCUCUCCCCUAAGAAGCGUCCCCGGGUCUCGCCAUGCCGGGUCCGGUGGCCGGUAGCAAGUCCCGUGUGUACGCAGACGUGAACACCCUGAAGACCCGGGAGUACUGGGACUACGAGGCCCACGUACCCAACUGGAACAACCAGGAGGACUACCAGCUGGUCCGUAAACUGGGCAGAGGGAAGUACAGCGAAGUGUUCGAGGCCAUCAACAUCACCAACAACGAGAAGGUGGUGGUCAAGAUCCUGAAGCCGGUCAAGAAGAAGAAAAUCAAGCGAGAGAUCAAGAUACUAGAGAACCUGCGAGGAGGGACCAAUAUCAUCCGACUGGUGGACACAGUCAAAGACCCAGUGUCCAGAACUCCAGCGCUCGUCUUUGAAUGCAUCAAUAACACAGACUUCAAGGAGUUGUACCAGAAGUUGACAGACUACGAUAUCCGUUUCUAUAUGUAUGAACUACUGAAGGCUCUGGACUACUGUCACAGUAUGGGAAUCAUGCACCGUGACGUCAAACCCCACAAUGUGAUGAUCGACCACCAGUUGAGAAAGCUGCGCCUUAUAGACUGGGGUUUGGCAGAGUUCUACCAUCCGUCCCAGGAGUAUAACGUCAGAGUGGCAUCACGAUAUUUCAAAGGCCCCGAGCUCCUCGUGGACUACCAGAUGUACGACUACAGUCUAGACAUGUGGAGCCUGGGCUGUAUGCUGGCCAGUAUGAUCUUUCAGAAAGAGCCCUUCUUCCACGGGCAGGACAACUACGACCAGCUGGUAAGAAUUGCCAAGGUCCUAGGGACGGACGAGCUGUUCGGCUACCUGCGGAAAUACCACAUUGAACUGGACCCACGCUUCAAAGACCUGCUGGGACAGCAGAGCAGGAAGCGCUGGGAACAGUUUGUGCAGACGGAGAAUCAGCACCUGGUGAGUCCUGAAGCUCUGGAUCUGCUCGACAAGCUGCUACGCUACGACCACCAGCAGAGACUGACGGCCACGGAGGCCAUGGAGCACCCCUACUUCUAUCCUGUAGUAAAGGAGCAGUCUCUGUCCAACUCUGACAACAACAUGGUUUCCAGUGGCAACACUACAGCACGAUGAGACACAGAAAUAGAAGAAAGAAGGAUGUUUGUUACCUCAACUUUGUACCCGGUUGUGACAGUAACUUUGACAAGUGUACAGUGACAAUGGAUCAAAGUAACUCUGACCAGUUACACACUCACAGAUAUGUGCAUACGGACACACACACACACACACACACCUACACAAUCAGUGCAAACAAGCGAGCACACCUUCAUGAACCUAACGCACACACAGACACACCUAUACAUACACCCUCCUCCUUUGUAUCAGUCUGUGAUUGGCUUGUCCUGGUCCCCCGUCCAGCAGCCUGACCAAUGAGCUUGAAGCUGCUGUCCCCCCUUGCCCCCCUCCACCGACGUCCCCCCCAGCUCAGUCUCAUGUAGGUCAGCAAAGACAAUUCAGUCCCUUGCCCGUCCCUACUUCAUAUCACCCCUCUCCUCUCUUAUUUGUUUGCAUCCGCAUGGAGAAUGAACAGGAGUCUGACCCUGUACAAGCCCCCCCUCCCUCCCCUGCCCCCCCCUGCCCCCCUCUCCUCCUGGUCUGGUGGUCCAUCCGUCUGUCUGCCUCCCCCUGUUUGCCCUCACCCAUUUUACCCAGCCCUCGACAGGAAGACAGGCGUCUUAGCACUACUCCAGAUCUGAAAGUGGCAUGGUUGGACUCUCUCUAGAUAGAAUGAUGAUGAUGAUGAUAUUAUAAUAAUAAUAAUAUUAAUGAAAAUAAAUGAUUUUUAUUUAGAUGAA